AACAGCUGGCAGUAAAGUGGCAUGACAAAAGAGACGUCCAUGUCCUCUCCACUGUCCAUACAGCAACCAUGUCGGCCACAGGGAAGGUGGACCACCUGACGGGAGAGAGAAAGAUAAAACCAGAUUGUGUGCUAGACUAUAACCUCAAAAUGGGGGCCGUGGAUAAGGCGGACAUGAUAAACAGCUUUGUGGAAUGCACUCGGAAAACGACCAAGUGGUAUAAGAAGAUAUUUUUCCAGCUGAUCGACACUGCUGUCCUCAACGGCAGCAUAGUUCACCGCCAACUAACAGGUAAAGUAAUUACCUACCAAAAAUACAGAGAGAACCUCAUGAGAGAGCUGUUGGAGGAGCACCACACCCCUCGGCGCCCCUCCACUGGGGGUCGCCCUGCUUUAGACAAUCCCCUACGCCUCACUGCACGGCAUUUUCCCUGCAAAGUCCCUCAAACUGCUGCUCAAGGUAGUCGCACACGGAGGCACUGCAAAGUCUGCCUGUCUGGCGCCAGGAGAAGUAAGCAGAGGAAGAUGACAAAAUACAUGUGUUUAGCUUGUGAUACACCUCUAUGUAUUUCACCAUGCUUUGAGGAGUAUCACAUGCUCAAGCAUUAUUGA